AUCACUCAGUGAUAGAACGAACUUGAGACGUUAAGUGGAAUCGUGUUGGUGCUGUGAGUUGCUGUGUACACCUUAAUUCUGCAGUACCCAGUUACAUGAUGGUCAUAUCAGCAGCACAACGAUCAUUCUUGCCUGUACUUCUGGUCAUUCUUCUGGUACCAGAGGACAUCUCCUGUGCGAGGUUCCUGGUAAUACUUCCGACUGUGGUGAAGAGUCACUUUAUAAUGCUGGAACCCUACAUAAAAGCCCUGGCUGGUAGGGGACAUGAGAUGGUGGUAGUCAGUCACUUCCCACAGAAACAACCGGUAUCAAACUAUACGGAUAUCGUGUUGGAUGCUUCUCUGAAAGGAUACAGAUCAGGAACAGGCAUUGCAAUAGAACAAGUCCUAUCCUUUAAAUUUCCUAUACUAAAUGUAUUUUCUCUGGCCAAGUAUGGGGUACAUACCUGUGAAACAUUACUUAAUCAUCCACCAGUCAAUGAACUCAUAAAGUCAGAUGAGAAAUUUGACAUUGUGGUUAAUUGCAUUUUUCACACAGAAUGUUUCUUGCCUUUUGCAUACAAGUUCAAAGCAAUAAGUAUAGGUGUCAGCACUUCUGUGUUAAUGCCAUGGGCUAAUUAUCGAAUGGGCAACCCUGACAAUCCAUCAUACAUCCCGAAUCUGUUUACACCUUCUCCAGGCAAAAUGAACUUUGUUGAACGGACAGUAAAUGCUGUGACUACAGUGCUAUACAAAGCGAUGUAUUACUUCAUGUCUGAUUGUCCAGCACAGAAGUUGGUACGACAGUACUUUGGGCAGGACACUCCAGACCUAGCCGAUCUUGCCAGGAACACGAGCCUGGUGUUGGUGAACACCCAUUUCAGUUUGAAUUCACCUAGACCAUUGGUACCUGGUGUUGUGGAGAUUGGUGGCAUACACAUCACCAGACCCAAACCGCUGCCUAAGCAUCUACAAGACUUCUUAGAUGGAGCUCACCAGGGGGUUAUCUACUUUAGUUUGGGUUCAGUGCUUCAAGCUGAGACACUGCCUGAUGACAAGAGGGAUGCAUUCCUGCAGGCAUUCUCACAGCUGCCACAGAAAGUUCUCUGGAAGUGGGAGGCAGAUACUCUCCCAGGACAGCCUAAAAACGUCCGAACUGAGAAGUGGUGUCCACAAGUUGACAUCUUAAGACAUCCUAAUGUGCUUGCUUUCAUAUCACAUGGAGGACUACUGGGUACCCUAGAGGCAACAUACAAUGGUGUGCCUGUGGUGGGCAUCCCAUUCUUUGGUGACCAAAGAAAUAACUUGGCAAACCUGGCGGCGAGAGGGAUGGGAAUCAUACUGGAGUACAGUAACAUCACAAAGCAAAGUGUUCUAGAGGCACUCCAUACUGUGCUGGAUCAGCCUAGCUAUAGAGAGAAUGCACGGUGCACUGCACAUAUUUUCCGUGAUAGACCACAGUCUGCCCUUGAUACUGCCAUCUUUUGGACAGAGUACGUCAUCAGACAUGGUGGUGCACCACAUCUCCGAACUGCAGGAGUGGAACUUGCCUGGUACCAGUACGUGCUAUUAGAUGUCAUCGCAUUUAUAUUGGGAACAAUCCUCAUCUUUGUCUUUGCAGUCAGAAAGCUUUUCAGACUGCUCUGUAGCACCAGGAAGGUUCCAAAGAAGAAGAAACAACAGUGAUUGAACAGAUUUCUUUUUCUGUGGAUUAGUUACUAAUUUUCUGUAUGUGACAUCUUUACUGACAUUGUUAUUUUUGAUAGAUCCCCUUACAUUUUAUUGUAGGCCAUGCCACAGCUCAGGCUGUUAGUCACCUGCUUUCCACCACCAUGUCCUGGUUUCGAUGACAGGACAGGUCACCUGGGAUUUGUGGUGGAUAAAGUAACACUGGGGUAGGUUUUUCCAAGUACUUUUGGUUUCUCCUGCCAACUCUCAUUCCACUGAAUUCUCCACUCUCUUCAUCUAUCAUCUGGGGCUUGUACAAUAGGCCAAAUAGUGGCUGAUGAAUCAAGUGGACUCAGUCUUACCAUAUCCCAAGAAAUAAAAAAGGAGUUGAAAUUACAUUUUAUUCUUACCUGUCCUAGAUAUUUUCAGACGAUACUGUACUUCGGUGAUAACUUGUAUAGCUAGAUGCUACAAGCUAGAAAGCUAGAAGCUAAAAAGUUAAACAAUGAAGGUGUAUCAAUGUU